AUGGCCUCCCCUAGUGUUCUCACCUUUGACGCUGACGCUCGGGCAGAUGACUUAGAGGUCUGGGUAGAUGAUCUGCAGCUUUUCCUACAGUGCGAUAGGGCAGACGGUCUCUCCCUAUUUGAUCUCACCUCUGGUACCUCUCCUGCCCUUGCUGCUGAUGCUGACGCUACUACCUUGUACGACGUAGUAGUUUUACGCUACUCUUCCCCUGCCACUGCUGCACUGAGCCGCCUCAUGCUACCGUACCUCUUCCCUGACCUUGCUGCCGUUCCCACUGUUGCUGACCUCAUUACGCACCUCCGCACUAGUGACACUCGCUACCGCGCCGCCCUUCCUGCUGAGUUCUGCGCCAAGAACCCCCCCCCACCCCCCUCCAUGUACAUCACCAUCUACUACAUGGUCACCCGGCUCCCUGACUCUCUCCGCGUAGUCAGGGACCACUUCCUCUCAGUUUGCCCCACCACUCUCACCGUUGACCUCCUCGAGAAGGCCUUCCUAGCGGCAGAGAAGAGCAUAGUCGCUGUAGGAGCCUCUCGUGGUGACCCUCGCACCCCCGUCUUUGAGGGGUGUUCUCCCUCCCCCCUCUUGCCCUCUGUUGCCUCAGCUGCUGCGGCCGACCCCGUUGGUUUCGAGCCGGCCGGUGCUGCGUCUGCCCCGAGCGGGAGACGCCGCACCGUCAGCGCGGUGGGGGUUUUGGUCCCUGCACUUACGUCCUCCGUACCGGCAACCGAGCUGGUGAGCAGUGCGGAGGCCAGCACUCCACCCAGCGUUGCUUUGGUCGCCUGA